GGCCUGGUCCCUCAACCACAGAACCACAAGGCCAGGCCCUCGCCGCCUCCAGGGCCCUGCGCGGGAGCUGGUUGGCUCCUGGCGCUCCCCACCCCCGGCCGCCCUCAUACCCACCGGAGCCUGGGCUCUGUCGAGGGUAAGCCUCAUUCAUUCAUUCCCUGUGGCACUGGAGGGGGCCCACUCUGCUCUGUCAGCCUCGGAGCUCCUCCACCCUGGCUGCCGAAAGCCCCUUCCCGCCAUCUAAUGAUACACUCUGCAUACGCUUCUGUUGAGAAUUUGUGGCUAGACAUUCCUGUGGGACCGGGAAUCCAAAUUCUUGGGUACAAACAGAAACUUACUUUCCUUGGGGAUUUUUUUUUUUCUCUCUCACUCACACACACUCUCGCGUUCUUUCCUUUUUUCUUUUUCGUAGCAGCAGGGGGGAAAAAAGAGACAGAAACAAAACAAAACAAAAAAAAAAACAACAAAAAGCAACACCCCCCCCCUUUUAUUUUCAAAAGUAGCUAGGGGAAAAAAAAAUAAAACAACAGCUAACCAAGUGAAUCCCAACCCAACCCCCUGAAGGGCUGAAAAUUCUCGCCUUCUUCAGAGCGGGGCAUGGCAUCGAACAGCAUCUUCGACUCCUUCCCCACCUACUCGCCGACCUUCAUCCGCGACCCAAGCACCAGCCGCCGCUUCACACCUCCCUCCACGGCCUUCCCCUGCGGCGGCGGCGGCAAGAUGGGCGAGAACAGCGGCGCGCUGAGCGCGCAGGCGGCCGUGGGGCCCGGAGGGCGCGCCCGGCCCGAGGUGCGCUCGAUGGUGGACGUGCUGGCGGACCACGCGGGCGAGCUCGUGCGCACCGACAGCCCCAACUUCCUCUGCUCCGUGCUGCCCUCGCACUGGCGCUGCAACAAGACGCUGCCCGUCGCCUUCAAGGUGGUGGCACUGGGGGACGUGCCGGAUGGUACGGUGGUGACCGUGAUGGCAGGCAAUGACGAGAACUACUCCGCUGAGCUGCGCAAUGCCUCAGCCGUCAUGAAGAACCAGGUGGCCAGGUUCAACGACCUUCGCUUCGUGGGCCGCAGUGGGCGAGGGCACCGGCAGAAGCUGGAGGACCAGACCAAGCCGUUCCCUGACCGCUUUGGGGACCUGGAACGGCUGCGCAUGCGGGUGACACCGAGCACACCCAGCCCCCGAGGCUCACUCAGCACCACAAGCCACUUCAGCAGCCAGCCCCAGACCCCAAUCCAAGGCACCUCGGAACUGAACCCAUUCUCCGACCCCCGCCAGUUUGACCGCUCCUUCCCCACGCUGCCAACCCUCACGGAGAGCCGCUUCCCAGACCCCAGGAUGCAUUACCCCGGGGCCAUGUCAGCCGCCUUCCCCUACAGCGCCACGCCCUCGGGCACGAGCAUCAGCAGCCUUAGCGUGGCGGGCAUGCCGGCCACCAGCCGCUUCCACCACACCUACCUCCCACCACCCUACCCGGGGGCCCCGCAGAACCAGAGCGGGCCCUUCCAGGCCAACCCGUCCCCCUACCACCUGUACUACGGGACAUCCUCUGGCUCCUACCAGUUCUCCAUGGUGGCCGGCAGCAGCAGUGGGGGCGACCGCUCGCCCACCCGCAUGCUGGCCUCUUGCACCAGCAGCGCUGCCUCUGUCGCCGCCGGCAACCUCAUGAACCCCAGCCUGGGCGGCCAGAGUGACGGCGUGGAGGCCGACGGCAGCCACAGCAACUCACCCACGGCCCUGAGCACUCCAGGCCGCAUGGAUGAGGCCGUGUGGCGGCCCUACUGACUGCCCUGGUGGACUCCUCCUGCUGGAGGCGGGGACCCUAACAACCUUCAAGACCAGUGAUGGGCCGACUCCGAGGCUCCGGGCAGGGAUGGGACCUGCGCUCCGGGGUGGUCUUGGUCCCAGCUUGUGGGUGGCUCUGGCUGUAUCUGUGCAGCCACAUCCUUGUACAGAGGCGUAGGGAACCACCCCCACCCCGGCCCGGGACACUGCCCCUGGCCCAGGUCCUGGCCAUCUCAUCCCAUACUUCUGUGGGGAAUCAGCCUCCUGCCACCCCUACAGAAGGACGUCACUGUCUCCAGCUAUGCCCAGUGCUGCAUGGGGCCCAUGUCUCCUGGGACAGAGGCCAUCUCUCCUCCAGAGAGAGGCAGCAUUGGCCCACAGGAUAAGCCUCAGGCCCUGGGAAACCUCCCGACCCCUGCACCUUCGUUGGAGCCCCUGCACCCCCUGGGUCCAGCCCCGUCUGCAUUUACACAGAUUUGAGUCAGAACUGGAAAAUGUCCCCCACCCCCGCCACCCUUGAGCGGGGUUCCCCUCAUUGUACAGAUGGGGCAGGACCCAGCACGCUGCUGGCAGAGAUGGUUUGAGAACACAUCCAAGCCAGUCCCCCCGGCCCAGCUUCCCCGCGGUUCCUGACUGUUGGCUUUCCCGCAGCCGUGUGGGUCCCAGGCCCCAGAGAAGAUGAGUCUAUGGCAUCAAGUCCUUAAAGCCAGGAAAGCACCUACAGACCGGCUCCUCCGCGCACUUUACCAGCCCAACGCAUCCACUCUCAGUUCUCGGCGGGGUGGGGGGUGGGGGAGUAGGAGGUCCCCUUUCCCCUAGGUGGUCUCAUAAUUUCCAUUUAUGGAGAGAACAGGAGGGCCAGAUAGGUCCUAGCAGAAGGCAUUGAGGUGAGGGAUCAUUUUGGGUCAGACAUCAAUGUCCCUGUCCCCCCUGGGUCCAGCCAAGCUGUGCCCCAUCCCCCAAGCCUCCUGGGAGGAUCCAGCCAAAUCUUGCAACUCCUGGCGCACACCUGUCUGUAACCUGUUUUGUGCUCUGAAAGCAAAUAGUCCUGAGCAAAAAAAAAAAAAAAUUUUUUAAACUGAUUUUAGAAAAAGAAGCUUAAUCUAACAUUUUCAAACACAAGGUCUCUUACAGGUAUAGCUCCUUGAUUAUAAGCAACAUCCCCACCCCUCUCCCCCCUGCGGACCCCCAGCUGCCUCCUGAGGGUGUGGGGUUAUUAGGGUUUCAAUACUUUCUCAAGGGGCUACACACCCCAUUAGGCAGCAUCCCACCAGCCUGCACCACAGGCGCCCCUGGGAGGACGAGGGAAACGCUGAUGAGACGCUGGGCUCUCUCUCUGUGACUCUAGGACAUCUGUCCAGGAGGCUGUGCGGAGGUGGGCAGGAUGUGACAGGUAGGGAGCACUGGCUGUGCGUGGCAGGACAGAAGCACUGUAAAGGGCUCUCCAGCCACAGCUCAGCUGCACUGCGUUCCGAGGUGAAGUCUUGCCCCUGAAUUUUGCACAAUGGGAAAGUGGGCGCUUGCCCAAGGGCCAGGCUGUGUGGAUUCUCAUAUCAGAGUUCUCUGGCCCCAGAGAGGCUUAGAAAAGGCGUAAGGGAACACAUAAAGGCUAGCAGCAUGUGGUAUUUUAACUUUCUGCCUCGGCCUCUGUGGAUACAGAAAUCUGCCUACAAAAUGCUCUUCAGUGGUUGUCUCUGUGAGAGCACUGUCCCCACCCAAUCUGUCACAACGGCCAGAACCAUACACCAGAGACACACCAGCAGGUUAGGCAGUCCUGGUGAUCCUAUUCCAUUCCCUCUCGCUGCGGUUUCUCUUGGCCUGUCCUCACUGGAAAAACAGUCUCCAUCUCUUCAAAAUAGCUGCUGACUCCCUGCACCCAAGGGGCCUCUCCAUGCCUUCUCAGGAAGCAGCUAUCAAUCCACUGCCCUUGUAGUUUAUUCCCUCCUGUUCUCUGGUUGUAGCUGGUCCCAGGUCAGCGUGGGAGGCACCUUUGGGUUCCCAGUGCCCAGCACUUUGUAGUCUCAUCCCAGAUUACUACCCCUUCCUGAUCCUGGAGAGGCAGGGAUAGGAAAUAAAUUGCUCUUCCUACCCCAUCCCCCAUCCCCUGACAAAAAGUGAUGGCAGCCGUACUGAGUCUGUAAAGCCCAAAGUGGGUACAGACAGCCUGGGCUGGUAAAAGUAGGUCCUUAUUUACAAGGCUGCUUUAAAGUUGUACUAGGCAAACACACUGAUAUAGGAAGCACGAGGAAAGGAAGAUAUUUUGAUACAGUGUUACUGUGAGCCUGUCAGUAGUGGGUACCAAUCUUUUGUGACAUAUUGUCAUGCUGAGGUGUGACACCUGCUGCACUCAUAUCCGAAGUAAAACCAUCCCAGAGCUGGCGAGAGGAUGGAGCAGGGUGGAAACUGCUUUGCACUAUCAUUUGCUUGGUGUUUGUUUUUGAUGCACAACUUGCUUGUACAGUAAACUGUCUUCUGUACUAUUUAACUGUAAAA